AUUUCCGUUUAGCGGACACGGACUAUGAAUUUUAUGAGCCACUUUUUUGUCUAAUUAAUUUUAUUUUGUACACUCUGACAUAUCGGUAAGGGAUGCGACAGAGACACGUACUCAGUCCAGUCUCAGAGAAAGUUAUGCGGAGCUUCCCCAUCAGCAAUCGACCUGCUGCCAAGUCCAGGAGUGGGAGCAGAAUGGACUAAACCGCUCAUCUCUGACGAGGGACACGAAAGCGAUCAGAUGUUUGAAUUCGAUGGUUCUAGUACAGCUGUGUCGAUACCAAAUUCUGUGUUAGAUCACAAUUUGCCCAGCGUCUUCACAAUAGCGACAUGGAUGAGGCAUGGACAACAUCAAGGACAAGACAAACACCUGAAGGAGCAUAUUCUUUGUACUGCUGAUGAUCAUAAAAUGAACAGACAUCACUAUGCCCUGUUCGUGAGAAAUUGUCGGCUGAUUUUGCUGCUCCGAAGAGACUUUUCCGAAGGAGAUUUGAACAUAUUCAGACCUGCAGAAUGGCGAUGGAAAAUCCCGCAGGUUUGCGACGACCAAUGGCAUCACUACGCCAUCAAUGUUCGCUUCCCAGACGUCGAGCUGUACAUUGACGGUCAACUAUUCCGCUCAGAAAAAAAGAAUCCGGAAGUGAUCGACGAUUGGCCGUUGCAUCCGACUAAGGGAAUUAAUACUACGCUCACCGUUGGGGCAUGUUGGCAGGGAUCUGAUAACAAGAUGAGGCAUCAUUUGAAAGGUUACUUAGCAGGCCUAAGUAUUUUGGUUGGUGAAAAUGAGAAACCAGAAGUAUUGAGCUGCCUCCAUCAGUGUAAAGAAAGUCUACAGGUUCCAGCUAUGGAACUCCUUCAACCAGGCAUGGAGUUGCUAACAAAUUCUGACUUGACGGAAGUUACCGUAGAAGGCGACAAUAGGACUAAUCUAGAGACGCUCGUCAGAAAAAUCGGAUAUCUGAACUCUAGGGAGUUUCCAACUCCUGGACGUAGGAAUUUACGUCUCACCACCACUGUUACGUGCGAUAAUGGCAAGCAAGUGAAAGUACCUGACGCCCAAACUUAUGUGAUGGUCCUGCGUCCCCAAACACCGAGUAUCAUGUUGAAUGGUACCGGAAAUAUGGCCAGGAAGUACGAGGAUUUCAGACUGGGAGUCAGAGUAUUGGCUGAUAUACAUAUCACAGGGGAACAGAAGCUGGACAAAUGUCAACUCACCAUCUACCCAAAUCUCAAUCCCGAUCACGAGAAUUUGAGCAUCCCAGAAGACAUGCUGAAAAGAUUAGGUAUGGCUGCGAGAGUAUCAAAGGACGGUGUCACAAUCACGGGAUCGGACAUGGUGUACAACUAUCAGCAAAUUCUCAGGACUCUGGUAUAUACGAACAGAAAACCAGCUUACUAUUUGAACAGGGUCUUCAAACUCACUUGUUCAGAAUUGAAUGGCAGAUUUACUUCCAAUGAAUACGUCCAAACAUUGACGGUGAUCCAUCCGACCCCUAAAGAGACGAUCGCCCGCGUGGAAGAGCACAUCAACAGCCACCAACGCCGCGAAUCCGAACCGCGCCCUCUGGCGAUGGUGAGCCACCAAUACGCGGCCCCCGAGCGUCUUGAGAUGUUGGGCAGCCCUAGGGGCGGCAUGGGGGCUGCGGGGGCAGCAGCAGGCUCGCACGCCGUAACAGUCAUUGUGGUGGUGUGCGUCGGCUUUUUGCUGUUCAUGAUUGUUUUGGGGGCAGUCAGAAUUAGGGCGGCGCACAGAUCGGCAGCGGCACAUGCGGCGGCGGCGGCUGCUGCGGCACAUCAUCAGCACGAUGCCUCCGAACAGGACGGAGAAAUGGCUUGGGAUGAUUCGGCACUCACCAUCACCGUUAAUCCUAUGGAGAACGCAGAACGUAAACUGGAAGGUGGUCUGCAAUCCGGCGCCGAAUAUAGUUCGGAAUCCGAAGAGCAAAGCGACUCCGAGGACGGUUCGUCUUCCGAAUGCGAAGGAGGCGGCGCAAGACACGCAGGGGGCGGCAACGGAGGCAGGAGAAUCAUCGCAGCCUCAGAAUGCUCCACUUCGGAUGAUGACGAUGACGAAGAGUGCGGCGGGCCGCGACCAAAUGCGGCCACAAGGACGGCACUCGCUAGGGGACACAGGUAUCAAAAUGUGAGCCAACUUGAAUGGGACAACUCCACCAUGUAAAAAUGAGGGAGUUUAAAACGUCACCUGACAUGGUGAAUAGUUAAGGUACGGCGAGUAGUGUUACUGGGAACGAGACGGACGUACACCUCAUAAAAUAUAGUACAAUCUUUAGAGAAAUAAUUUUGAAUCACUAAAACAUUAGUAUCAUUUAUCUAAAUUUUCUAACUUUAUGUAUACUAUCAGUUUGCAAAUAUUAAUUUCAAGUUAAUAUUUCUGUUUGAAAAUAUUCUAACUAUACGGAUUCAUACUACUUAUUUAUCUAUAUCCUGGAAGUGACGUACAAUUUUAUUUAGUAAAAUCUCGAGUUGUAUUCAUUGAUCAAACUUUUAUAAACAAUGCGAGAAUACAAGGUUUCAUUCUCAGAAAUUAUUUUGGAAAAGACUCUUGCAUCCUCACCUAGGAAUUGAUAGAAAUAAAGAGUAAAAAAAUACAAAAUCAGUCUCGUUCCCAGCAUUCCGACAUUGUCCUCGUACUUCUCUAUAAGAACUUGAUGUGUAUAAGUAGAGAGUGGAACAAACAAAAGAAAUAAUAAAAACAAACUACCGUUUUAGCGCACGUGCGCGGACGGUAAAACAUGCACCUUUCCCGCUGCCAACUUGAAAAACACGCUUGCGGCAGCUUCAAAAAAAUGAUGUAGAGAGCUACAGCCAAUCAAAAUUGUUAUACGAACAGCGCCUUGUUGGAAAGUUUUUAGGUCAAAGAAAGCUUCAUUUUCAAGUCUGUAACUGAUUAAGAAAAUAUACUUUGAUUUCAAAAUAUUAGACCUGAUUGAAUAAAGCAUUAUUUUGUCUAAAUGAUCAUCGCUUAAGCUAUAUACAAAAAUUAUAUAAAAAAUACGAGCGUGUUUUUGCGUUUGGCGGCCAUUGAUAUCAAUAAAUUACUCGUCCAUAAUUGUUAGAGAUAUAAUAUACAUACAAUAUACAAACAUACAGUUUGUUGUAUAUCCGUUCACCUUUUUAGCUAGUAUAAGAGCUAUUUACACUCUCCUACGCUUGAGUAUAUUUCCCGCCAGACGUUUCAGCUUUUUUUUUCGAAAAAAGGCAGCCAUUUGUUUUCGUACAAUUUUUUCGGAAUUAGCCACUUUGUUAAUUAUAUUAAAAUUUAUUUACCUAUGGUAUCAAAAACGCAAAAUUUUUAGAUAUUAUAAACAAUAAGUUUGCGUAAACUGAAGGUGAAAAUCGGGAGUUUUAAGAAAGGUUUGUCUGAAUUUAAUUUUUACAUUGUAUUAAUAUUGAAAAAAUAGAUACCUACUAUGUUAAAGUAUUAGAAUUUGUCAUAAUUCGACACCAAGAUGGAAAUGUUGUGUUUUUGGUACUAUACAAUUCGUUAUAAACGUAUAUUCGAUAGAGCCACACUCAUGCUUGUAGAUAGAAGUGUGAUAUCAAAAUAUAUAGAAAUUCGUUGUAUUUAUAAAUUGUUUUGAGACCACAUUUGACUCUGUAAGCGUGUGUUUUGGUCUUUCUACUUGUUAUACGAGUGAGUUUGAAGUCUAGGAUAUUAUUAUUAUAUAUAGUAUUUGUUCUGUAGCCGAUAAGUGUGUUUUACUAUUCCUCAAGUAUUUUUAUAUAUUCUGUAUUAUACUUUUUUUAUUCUUUUCUAGCCUAACAAAAUGGGGCCUAUCAUAUAGUGCGCAGGCAUUCUUUUUGAUACCGUCGGCUCGAUCCAUUAUCGUCAUACUUGCCAUAAAGUCGAUAUUUCAUCUCCUUCCUUCCCGUGAAGCCGAGGUAUCAAAAACACGUUGUUGUUCAUUUUUGAAGGUAUAAACAAGCAUCAGCAUUCAGUUUAUCUACUUAAACCCAUAUUACACGCUUUUUUGUACUUACUACUCUUAACUACCUAGUGUAAAUUUAUUUAAUACACAUCUGGACAAGCAGAAUUGGACUUCAGGAAAACGUAGAAUUGUCAGACAAAACAUACAGGGUCAGUUUUUUUUAUGGGUACCGUUAUUACGCAUGGUAUCUAAAAAAGUUAAUUACAAAAAUUGUAGACAACAGUAUGCUCCGUACUAUUUUUAAUUCUACGGGGUGACUCAUAAUUUUCAUAACUUUGACAACUCGCACAUCCGUAACUGUUAAACCUAGAGAAAUGAAUUUAUCGCCACAAAAAUUUCAUGAUCCCAUACUUUGUCCCUAUCUACUUACCUUUUCAAUGUUUUUCUCAGUUUAUACGGGGUGGUCAAUAAGGCAGAAUGAACGAUUUUUUAGGAUUAUUAUCAAACGCAACAUAUACAUAAUAAAUAUACAUAUUUUUACAAUUUUGAUUCCCCUUUUCACAGGCUUUUUUCUGAUGAAUGUUUGAUGGGGGUAAGUAAAAUUAGUUUUUGAAUACUAAAAACGCUGGGACACCCGCUUGACUUUCCGAAUGUAUUGCGUCAAGUUAGGUUCAUUUAAUUUUUGAUAAAAAUACACAAAUUUUAACCACCUUCAGUUACUGGCUGAAAGCUUAUCUUGGUUUGAAAAUAUCAUUUAGAUUGAUAUCCGGUUUACAAAAAAUCAACUGUAACUCGAAUCAUUUGUACAAACUUUAAUAAACCUUAUAUAGAACAAGAAGCCUGUAAAAAGGAGAAUUAAAACGUAUGAAACUCUAUCAGGUUUUCAAUUUGAAAAUUUUGAGAAAUCGUACAUUUUGAGGUUUUGACGACACUGUAUAGUCUAGCUGUAACAUUUGCGAAAUGCAAGUUGUUAAAGAUGUGUUUUUUUUUUGAUAGAUUGUCCAACAUCUCAACAAUUUGAAAAUAAAAUCCUAUACAUUUUUUUUUCAAAUUGCUUCGUUUGAAAAUGCGUAUUCGAAGCUGCGUUAAAAUGUCCAUCUUUCAAUUUAAAAAUUGUGUUAUAUAAAUGAGAAAAAUUUAAUCAAUCAUACUUUUGUAUUUAACUUUUUUAGAUUACCGUUGGUAAUAAUGGAGAUCUCGACUAGGCCCAUAUUACUUACCCUGGAUGAUAUCAACCAAAAAAUCUCUAAUUAGCUUAGAUGAACCUUUUGUCGACCAUUGAUAUGAAGCACGAAUCUGUGGAUGGUCCAACAAUCCUCACCCAGUAAUAAUGAAACCAUAUCAAUUUUUUAAAUAUUGUGCAAUCAUUUUGGCUGUUUUCCUUUUAUUUGUGGGUAGGUUUCGCGACUUCCAUAAUCACGCAGAUAAAGCAAAGAUAACCAGGUAUGUAAAAAUGAAGAAGGCUAAUAUGAAAUGUUUGCUUAGUGUUUAUAACUAAAAAAUUGGGACAUUAUUGAUUUCUACGUUUUCGGCAAACUAAUUGAUGUUUCAAAUGUUUCACAGCAUUUUAACCGCCCACUUGUUGAAUAGCACCCAUCUUGAAGAAAAAAAUAACCUGGACGGAAAGUCGCGAAACGCACGUGUGUUUUCCACAAAUUUUUCUAAAUGUAGAAGUAUCGAUGUUCGUCCUCUAAUCUCUGUAUACAUUAAAAUCUUUUCGCACAAUUUUACAUUUUUCGUUCUCUGGGUAUACCAGAUAUAGCGAUCAGAUGACACUGUACGUUUUCUAAAAUGAAAUCGUAAAUGUCAAAUUUCAAGGUGUUUUAUAGUGAUUUAUAUUGUUCUUUGCAGUAACCGAAUAUUAGAUUUUGAAUCAAUAAAUAGCAAUAGUUAAAAGAUGAUGACAGUGUCAUCUGUCGCUCUAUAUUUAAGAGUGUACAUACAGUUUUUGCAGCGAAAAUAGUAUUUUUUGUAUGUAGUAACGAUAUGAGUACUUAAAUAUAUAAUUCGAAUGAGACACUAUGGGGGUUGAUUUUAUUUUUUGAGGUACAUACAUUUGGCAAUAUACCUACUCGUAAUAUUACUACCGUAGGUUAAAGAGAUAUAUCAUAAUGAUGCAAUAUUUGUAGUAACUAUUUCAGUAUAAUCUGUUGUUGAAUUUUUCAGUUUUCAUUAUUUUCAGUUGUGCAAGAUUUGCAAAUUAGAAAUUAGUAGCUGUGAUGUCGAAAAAAUUAUGCGAUUUACAGCAAAAUAAGCACUUCUACAACUGGACUCUGAUAUUCGAGUUUAUUGCAAGUUUUCCAAUACUCUGAAAAAACUUCAAAGCAAAAUACAGGGUGUUCCUAAACAUUCAUCUUACCUUAUGCUGUACAAUUUUUGGGCUUUAGUGAAACGCAUAUAUCAGCAAUUUGUUGAGUUUAACACAUGAUUUUAAUAUUGAAUUUCCAAGUAGAAUAAAUCCGAAUUUUCAGAUAACUGGAAAACUAGUAACUAUGAAAUUGUCUAACUUCUACUUCAUAGAGUAAAUAUACUAUUUUUGACAAGAUACGUAAGGGAAAUGAAAUUCUCACAUUCCAGAAAUGAUGUAAUAUGUAAUUUAUUUCUAUGUAAAAGUUUAUAAUAUGGCUUAUUUGUGUGUUGAGGAAACAUCAGAAUCAAAUAAUCCGAAUGUCUUUAGGUGUUUGAAAAAAACCACAAUAAUUAUGUAAUAUGUGAAUGUACAUUAAAUAUUAACAAAAUAAA